GGCGGCGGCCGUAGCCCGAUGGGCCGGGGAGGCCGCGCUCCGCGAACAAAAGGCGGUGGCGGCGACGCGAGUGGGGCCGGAGCGGCAGCGGAUCGGGGUAGAGCGGCCGAGCGGGGCCCAGACUAGGUAGCCAUGUCAGCCAAAGCCAUCUCUGAGCAGACGGGGAAGGAGUUCUUGUACAAGUACAUCUGCACGUCCUCUGCCAUCCAGAACCGCUUCAAGUAUGCCCGGGUCACCCCAGCCACGGACUGGGCACGGCUCACACAGGACCACCCAUGGCUCCUGAGCGAGCGUUUAGUGGUGAAGCCAGAUCAGCUCAUCAAGAGACGUGGGAAGCUUGGACUGGUUGGGAUUAAUCUCACUCUGGAUCAGGUGAAGGCUUGGCUCAAGCAGCGCCUGGGCCAGGAAACCACGAUUGCUAAUGCGAAGGGAAUCCUAAAGAACUUUCUGAUUGAACCCUUCGUCCCUCACAAACAGGAGGAAGAGUUCUACGUAUGCAUAUACGCUGCCCGUGAGGGAGACUACGUGCUCUUCCACCAUGAAGGGGGUGUGGAUGUGGGAGAUGUGGAUGCCAAAGCUCAGAAGCUGCUCGUGGCAGUGGAUGAGAAGCUCAGUGAAUCGGAUGUGAAGAAGCAUCUCCUGCAGCAUGCACCAGCUGACAAGAAGGACAUCUUGGCCAGCUUCAUCUGUGGCCUGUUCAACCUUUAUGAAGAUCUGUAUUUUACGUACCUUGAGAUCAAUCCAUUAGUGGUGACUAAGGAUGGUGUUUACAUCCUUGAUUUGGCUGCGAAGAUUGACGCGACGGCUGACUACAUCUGCAAAGUGAAGUGGGGGGAUGUGGAGUUCCCCCCUCCUUUUGGCAGGGAAGCUUACCCUGAGGAAGCCUACAUUGCUGACCUGGAUGCCAAGAGUGGGGCCAGCCUGAAGCUUACGAUCCUGAACCCCAAAGGCAGGAUCUGGACCAUGGUGGCUGGUGGUGGUGCUUCAGUGGUGUACAGUGACACCAUUUGUGACCUGGGGGGUGUGAAUGAACUGGCGAACUACGGGGAAUAUUCAGGGGCCCCGAGCGAGCAGCAGACCUACGACUACGCUAAAACCAUCCUCUCCCUCAUGACCCGAGAGAAGCACCCAGAAGGAAAGAUCCUGAUUAUUGGAGGCAGCAUUGCAAACUUCACCAAUGUAGCAGCCACCUUUAAAGGCAUUGUGAGAGCAAUUAAGGAUUACCAAGGCCCUCUGAAGGAGCAUGAGGUGAGGAUCUUUGUACGAAGAGGAGGCCCAAACUACCAGGAAGGGUUACGUGUCAUGGGAGAAGUUGGGAAGACCACGGGGAUCCCCAUCCAUGUCUUUGGCACGGAGACCCACAUGACUGCGAUCGUGGGCAUGGCGCUGGGCCACCGGCCGAUCCCCAACCAGCCGCCCGCCGCAGCCCACACCGCCAACUUCCUCCUCAACGCCAGCGGCAGCCCCUCGACUCCAGCACCGAGCAGAACUGCCUCUUUCUCCGAGUCCAAACCAGAUGGUAUUGCUCCAGCUAAGAAGGCAAAACCAACAGCACCUCUUGAUUCAGUUCCAGCCUCGAAACCUGGUUCAGGUAAAGCCACAACACUGUUCAGCCGCCACACCAAAGCGAUUGUGUGGGGGAUGCAGACCCGGGCUGUCCAAGGAAUGCUGGACUUUGAUUACAUUUGCUCCCGGGAUGAGCCCUCAGUGGCUGCCAUGGUUUAUCCGUUCACUGGUGACCACAGGCAGAAGUUCUACUGGGGCCACAAAGAAAUCCUGAUCCCAGUCUACAAGAACAUGGCAGAUGCCAUGAGGAAGCACCCAGAGGUGGACGUUCUCAUCAACUUUGCGUCUCUGCGCUCUGCCUAUGACAGCACUGUGGAAACCAUGAAUUAUCCCCAGAUCCGCACCAUUGCCAUUAUUGCCGAGGGCAUUCCAGAGGCCCUGACGCGCAAACUGAUCAAGGCAGCUGAUAAAAAGGGAGUCACCAUCAUUGGGCCUGCAACUGUUGGUGGGAUCAAGCCGGGUUGCUUUAAAAUAGGCAACACAGGAGGCAUGCUGGAUAACAUCUUGGCAUCGAAGCUGUACCGUCCUGGCAGCGUGGCCUAUGUGUCCCGCUCUGGAGGGAUGUCCAAUGAGCUCAACAACAUCAUCUCCCGAACCACCGAUGGGGUCUAUGAGGGGGUGGCCAUCGGAGGAGACAGAUAUCCUGGUUCAACUUUUAUGGAUCAUGUCCUGCGUUAUCAGGAUACUGCAGGAGUGAAGAUGAUUGUAGUACUGGGGGAGAUUGGAGGCACAGAAGAGUACAAGAUCUGCAGGGGCAUUAAAGAAGGCCGGAUCACCAAGCCAGUGGUGUGCUGGUGCAUUGGUACCUGUGCCACCAUGUUCUCCUCAGAGGUGCAGUUUGGCCAUGCAGGAGCUUGUGCCAACCAAGCCUCCGAAACUGCUGUAGCAAAGAAUCAAGCCUUGAAGGAAGCUGGAGUGUUUGUUCCCCGGAGUUUCGAUGAGCUGGGAGAGGUCAUUCAGUCUGUGUACCAGGAUCUUGUGGCCAAAAGAGUGAUUGAACCAGCUGAGGAAGUGCCUCCUCCAACUGUGCCAAUGGAUUACUCAUGGGCAAGGGAGCUGGGACUGAUUCGCAAACCAGCUUCCUUCAUGACCAGCAUCUGUGACGAGCGAGGACAGGAGCUGAUCUAUGCUGGGAUGCCCAUCACUGAGGUCUUCAAAGAGGAGAUGGGAAUUGGAGGGGUUCUAGGCCUGCUCUGGUUUCAGAGGAGGUUACCCAGGUACGCCUGCCAGUUCAUCGAGAUGUGCCUGAUGGUGACAGCAGACCAUGGGCCGGCCGUGUCUGGCGCCCACAACACCAUCGUCUGUGCCAGGGCUGGCAAAGAUCUGGUCUCAAGCCUCACUUCAGGCCUUCUUACUAUUGGUGACCGGUUUGGGGGAGCACUGGAUGCCGCGGCCAAAAUGUUCAGCAAAGCUUUUGACAGCGGGAUUAUCCCCAUGGAGUUUGUGAAUAAGAUGAAGAAAGAAGGGAAGCUGAUCAUGGGCAUUGGACACCGAGUGAAAUCAAUAAACAACCCUGACAUGAGAGUUCAGAUUCUCAAGGACUACGUGAAGCAGCACUUCCCAGCCACUCCGCUGCUGGACUACGCACUUGAAGUAGAAAAAAUCACAACUUCCAAGAAACCAAACCUUAUCCUGAAUGUAGAUGGCUUUAUUGGAGUGGCCUUUGUUGACGUGCUCAGGAAUUGUGGCUCUUUCACACGGGAAGAAGCAGAUGAAUAUAUUGAUAUAGGAGCUCUCAAUGGCAUUUUUGUACUGGGCAGGAGUAUGGGAUUCAUUGGACACUACCUGGACCAGAAGAGAUUGAAGCAGGGUCUGUACCGUCACCCCUGGGAUGACAUAUCCUAUGUCCUACCGGAGCACAUGACCAUGUGAGAGGCUGGUGUUGCCUUGGAAUGCACGAGGACAGAAGCCUGUCCAGGGGUCAGCCACGGUGGGACUGUGAUGUAUAAAGACCGUCAUUGGGACAGAGAUGUUGAGCUGCCUGGUCAAACUGUGCAAAGUGACUGUUUUAUAAGGAUAGAAACUUACUCUAAUAAAACCAAAACUUGUGCUAUUCCCUCUGUUACCUGCUGUAUUUAAUACUGUCUCUCACCUUUUUUUUUUUUUUUUUUCCCCUGUUCUCAUUUUGUUUCCAGAAGAGAUUUAGGGUUUGGGGGGUAGAGUUUGGCUCAUAGGUACGCCUUACUGAACAUAACUCUGGUACCAAGCUGUACCUUUCCCAUGAGGGGAACGUGCCUGUCAUUCCCAUAAGCCAUGACUUUGGAUUUUUUUGUUGUUGGUUGUUUUUCAAUUUGUUUAUCAUGUUCUUAUCCUUGGUCUGACUGUACCUGAACCCUGGGACCACUGCUGAUGUAUAACCAAUGUUACUCAAGCUGGUGUAGUAAUUUAAAGUGUAAAGUUGUAACAUACUGCUGUGAAAACUGUGAAAUCCCUGUACUCAAGUGUCUGUAUUUAUGCAAAAAUUUCCUUUACUCUGACUGCUGCUCUGUGCACUGUCACUCAUGUUAUCUGAAAAAAUAUCUCAGUAAUAAUUUCAGUGUCCUCCUUGUCUGUGUAUUGUAACCAAACUCAAAUAAAUACACAUUACUAAUUUA